AUGAAAAUGGUGGUUGGUGAGAGCUGCACGUCUGCGUCGGUGGUGAGCGAAACGCAGGCACAGGAGGUGGGAGAGCUGCUGGAGGAACUCGAGCAACUGCGAUCGAACCUUUUCCGCUGCUACACGCACGGCGUUGGAAUGCUUGCCAAGGCGUACGUCACACUUAUGCCGUCGCUGCGGCGCACCACGACGACAUCGUCGACCAGUGAAAAGAACAAUAGCAACAACAAGAAUGGAGGUUUGUGCGCUCGUGUGAGCCGUGACUUCGUUUCGUCAGUACUUGUAAACAAGCUGCUGAAUCUUCUCUCCGUUGUCGUGGACCGUACCGCGCCGUUCCUGCAGCGAUAUGACGAGGUGUACGACGGCAUUGACUUCUUCGCCGCCAAGGCGGAGGGCAACGAGGUGGAGAAGGAGGAUCAGCAGCAGCACGGCCGUCGCCUGCGUGUGGUGCGACACAAGCCCUCGGAGGGCACGAACGAGGAGGGUCAGCUCGACCCCGUGACGGCCUUCAUGGCGCAGUGCAACAGUAAGAUGGUGCUCGACCACGUUGCGGAGCAGGAGGAGGCGCUCCUCGCGCUAGUCGCCAACAUUCUGCUUGUCUUCGUUGAUGCGCUGCACCACAACUGCCAGCGCGUCUCCCUCGACGCGGCCGCCACCCUCGAGGUGCGGGAGCUCGCUAUCAUCGACAGCCUUGCCGACGCCCUGUGCCUACCAGCUGCAGCAGCGCCACUCAUCGCCAGUGAGCUCGUGACGCCCUGCAUCCUACAUGUUGUAGUGCGCCUCACACCGGACGCGAAGACGCCGCACGAGCGGGACGUGCUGCUGAGCCGCAAAGAAGCGCACUUCCGCACUGACUACCUCACGCGCGUGGAGGAGCACUGCCAGCUGGUGGUGGACGCGAUGCUUGGCAUGUUCCUCGCCACGCCGCAGCAGCGUAUCACGCGGGAGGUGCGCGCGUCCGGUUUCAUGACGCCGCGGAUGGACUGGCAGCGUGUGUCAGCUCUCACUGCGGGAACCGUGCGGCCGUACAUCGCCGACAGCAUCAUGCACAUCGCACGUGCGCACGAGCGGCUACAGCUGCUGCGCCAGCCGCUGCUCGGUGCCGCCGUGACACAGCGGCUGGUAGCGCACCUCGCGGUGACAUUCGUCACGGCGCUGACGUCCGAUGGAAACGCCUUUGAGAUAUCUCUCGACUGCAGCGCCAAUUUCCUCUUACAUGGGCUGCUGCUCAUUGAGGCAGAGGGGCGCACACUGCUCGGCAUAGUCGACGCUCUUGUUGAGAGCAUUGCGAAGAACCCGCGUGCGGGAGCCGUCCUGCCGGAGCUCGGCGUGGCCCGGGAGGUCCUGCAGGGCGCCGUGGCGGCGCUGCGCCAACAGGGCAACGCGGUCUGCGAGGCACUGGCCGCACGCAAGCCGAGGGAAAGCAUCAGCAAUAACGAGAAUUCAAAUGCCGCGGGGGAGGAGGUGUUGGCCGUGCGGCAGCGUGAGGCUCGGUGUGAGGCGGUGGUCCAGAGUGCGAUGAGGCGCUCGCGCUCCAUCGUGCAGGCCAUCGUCACGUACGUUGAGGACAGUGCCGUCACGGCGGCAUUCCAGCCGCUCGGUUGUGGCGCCGGCAGCGGCCUUACCGAGAGCGUCGCAGAGCGGNCGCAGAGCGGCUGGCGAAGCGAAGCGAUGGAUACCGCCUCGCGCACACCGCACAGCGGCGCAGGGAGAAGCACGUGA